AUUAUGAACAAUAGUUGUAGGUAUAUGGUAUGGUAUAGCAUUUGUCUUGUUGUAGACAUCUGGCGCCGCGGCUGUCUACUUGUCGAAACAAUAGACAUCUGGCGCCGCACUGUCUGCUUGUCGAAACAAUAGACAUCUGGCGCCGCAGCCGUCUGCUUGAACAAUUGCAGAGUCUGGCGCCGCGGCUGUCUGCAUGUCUGCAUUUGGCGCCGUAGAGCAUUAUGUUCUGGUAAUUUCCAGACGCAAUAUUCUAGAAGGACACGUCGGCAUCAGCGAGAAGUGCGUGGCUAUAUAAGCCGUGGCAGCGCCAACGUAAUCGAUCAGUGCUAAGAGUAAACUGCUAUAGUGUAGACGAGUUGUGAAAUAAAGAGUUGUUGAAUUAAAUUAAACAGUGUUGAUUUUAUUUGUCAAUCCAGAGAUACGAACCUAACAAAGUAAACUAGCAAGCAGUAAAAUCGUAACAAUUGGUGUCAGAAGUGGGAUUGUCAAAUAAUCCAAAUUCAAGAUGGUUAAAUUCGGAGAAUUGAGAAUUGCUAUUAAAAAAGGAACUGGAGGAGCGUAAUUUGCCGAUAAGCGGGCAAAAGGCGGAUCUACAGGCACGAUUACGUGAAGCAAUGGAAGCGGAUGGAAUUAAUGUGGACGAGUUCGAAUUUGUUGGGCCAGAAACUUCUACAAAGGUAGAAGAAAAAGUAGAAGAACAACGAACAUCAUCAAGUGUGGACAUGAACUUGCUGUUAGUGGCUAUUAAGCAAAUAGAAAAUCGUCUGGCAUAGCAAAUAGCUGAAAAUACAGAAAAUGCAGUGCAAACAGAAAAUCGUCUGGCACAGCAAAUGACGCAAAUAGCUGAAAAUACAUCACAGUUAGAGUCUCGCCUUACACAACAAAUGACUGAAAAUAAUACGCAGUUAGAAAAUCGUUUGGUACAACAGAAUACGGAAAAUACUACACAACUACAAAAACAAGUGCAAGAAAAAUUUUCAAAAUUUGAAGACGAAUUAAGCACUUUAAAAAAUGACGAAGAAAAUUUAAAAUCAGAAGUUCUUCAAUUAAGUAAUCGUGUGCGAGAACUGCAACUACAUGGCCCUGCACCAUCAACAAAUAAUCAAAGAUUGAAGGCACCCACAUUCGAUGGCAGUAUUCCAUUUCAAAUUUUCAAACUUCAGUUUGAAAAGACAGCAAUGGCCAAUAACUGGAAUGCAGCGGACAAAGUGGUGUCCUUGUUUGUAUCAUUGAAAGGGCCUGCGGCAGAAAUCCUUCAGACUAUUCCAGACUGUGAACGGGACAACUAUGAGGCAUUGAUGAGUGCGAUAGAAAGACGAUAUGGUAGUGAGCACCGGAAACAAAUAUACCAGAUCGAACUGCAAAAUAGGGGUCAGAAAAUGAACGAGUCAUUGCAAGAGUUUGCAACUGAAAUAGAACGACUGGCUCAUUUGGCAAAUGCAGAUGCACCUGUGGAUUACAUUGAGAGGGUAAAAAUUCAAUUUUUCAUAAAUGGAAUUCGUGAUGUGGACACCAAACGCGCCACAUAUGCAUUGCCAAAAAGAACGUUUGCUGAAACGGUUUCGCACACCCUCACACAGGAAACAGCUUCCCUACUAAGUAAACCAGCACACAAAGUACAAAGGGUUGAAAUGGAACAACCGGCGCUGAUGGAAGAAAUAUUGAAGACUCUGAAGACAAUUGCUGCACCGCGAGUAAAUACAACAGGAAGAUGUUUCAACUGUGGAAAAGCGGGUCACUUUGCCCGAAAUUGCAAUAUAAAAUUAAACCCAUCAAAACGGAAACAACCAACAGAACACCGAAAGAGGAUUCACCACAAAAAUGCGGAUGCAUUAUCACGUCGCCCUUGUCCACUGGAAUGUAAACAUUGCUCCAAAUCAGAAGGAAAAGAAGAUAUAAUCGACGUGCGAUUACUGAAUAUAGAACCUGAAGAUGAUUGGACUCCUCACCGCAUCAGAAUCAAUCAGCUGGAGGACCCUGAUCUUGCACAGCUGAUAAUAGCCAAAGAAAAUGGGGUACGACCACCAAAGGAACAAAUAAGUAGUGAGAGUCCAACUGCAAAAGCAUAUUGGGCCCAAUGGAACAGCAUAAACCUCGUUAAUGGAUACCUUCAUCGUACCUGGGAAAGCGAAGAUGGCAAACAGUCUCGUCUGCUGAUCAUAGUACCGAAGUCCAUGACCCCGAAAGUAUUGAAAGAAUAUCACAAUGGACCUUGUGGAGGGCACCUUGGGAUUACAAAAACUAUAGAGAAAAUUAAACAACGGUUCUACUGGAUCGGUUGUCGAGAUUCCAUAGCAGAAUGGAUAAGUAAUUGCGUAGAGUGCAUGGCAGCUAAAGGUCCUAAAGCCAAAAGUCGCGGUAGGCUACAACAGUACAACGUGGGAUCACCAUUUGAACGAGUCGCAAUGGAUGUUGCAGGUCCGUUCCCAACCAGUACGGCCAGAAACAAAUAUCUACUGGUAGUCAUGGACUAUUUCAGUAAAUGGCCAGAAGUAUAUGCCUUACCAAACCAAGAAGCGAAGACAGUAGCCGAAGCGUUUGUAGAAAAUUGGAUAACAAGGUUCGGAGUGCCCGUCGAAUUACACUUAGAUCAAGGCAGGAAUUUCGAAUCUUCCAUUUUCCAAGAAGUCUGUACAUUAUUGGGCAUCCACAAGACACGGACAACAGCGUUACACCCACAAUCAGAUGGGAUGGUAGAGAGAUUCAACCGAACGCUCGAAGAACAUCUGCGGAAAAUCGUUGAUAAAGAUCAACGGAAUUGGGACAAGUGCAUCCAGAUGUUCCUGCUGGCGUAUCGUUCAGCGAAGCACGAGACAACUGGUUACACGCCAGCAAAGAUUAUUUUCGGAUCUGAUCUGCGACUCCCUGCUGAUGUUAAGUUUGGAACGAAUCCUACAGCUGUAAGAAAUGAUGAAGAUUAUUGUUCUGCCUUAAAGGAAGAAAUGAAUGAAUUGCAUCUAAUGGUAAGACAGCAUACGCAUCUGAUGAGCAAUAAGAUGAAAGACCGGUUCGAUCAAGCGGCAAAUUCAAAAGGUUUUGAAGAAGGUGAUCUGGUCCUGUUGUACAAUCCACUUCGAAAGAAAGGCUUGUCCCCGAAACUGCAGACAGCCUGGGAAGGACCCUAUAUGGUGAUGAAACGACUUAAUGACGUGGUAUACCGCAUACAAAGAAAUGGAAAAGCACGAUGUAAAAUGAAAGUAGUACAUUUGGAGAGGCUCGCCCCAUUUGGUUCAAGAGGAUUUGUGCCUAAUCGGGACGAUUAGUCUUUAGUGGAGGGCAGUGUUACAAGAGUAGUAUUAAGUUGUAUUUGUAUUGCUAUAUGCAUCCCUUAUUAUGAACAAUAGUUGUAGGUAUAUGGAAUAGCAUUUGUCUUGUUGUAGACAUCUGGCGCCGCGGCUGUCUACUUGUCGAAACAAUAGACAUCUGGCGCCGCAGCCGUCUGCUUGAACAAUUGCAGAGUCUGGCGCCGCGGCUGUCUGCUUGUCUGCAUUUGGCGCCGUAUAGCAUUAUGUUCUGGUAAUUUCCAGACGAAAUAUUCUAGAAGGACACGUCGGCAUCAGCGAGAAGUGCGUGGCUAUAUAAGCCGUGGAAGCGCCAACGUAAUCGAUCAGUGCUAAGAGUAAACUGCUAUAGUGUAGACGAGUUGUGAAAUAAAGAGUUGUUGAAUUAAAUUAAACAGUGUUGAGUUGUCAAUCCAGAGAUACGAACCUAACAAAGUAAACUAGCAAGCAGUAAAAUCGUAACCAUACAUUUUCUUGCGCUGGUUCAGGUAAAGCCGUGGAUUACUUUUAUCGCAAAUCCUGCAUGUUAUGGCCAAUUCGUGAUGUUCUUCGUCUGAAUCAGAUGAACUUGUAUGAAAAACACGUUAGGGUUAAUUUUAUUGCCUGCAAAAACUAAAUUUGAUAAAAGUUUUACCAAUUUUAAAACAAAACUUAAUGUUGGCUCUUUGCUCGAAGCUCAUUUUCGCACCGAUAACACAAACAGACUGACACUUAAAGCGCAAUAACUUCAUUUCCAAUCGAUGCAAUGUCAUGAAAUUCUCACUGGACAAUCCAUAAAGAUAGCAUGUUCUAACGCACCAGUCGACACAUAGAUGGUGCCACCAGGGGGCGGUAGCUUCUAAAAGUCCUGUUUACUUUGGAAACCACCUUGUAUAUGUAUAUAUAUGGGUUUUGUUUUGUUGUUUGAGUAAUUGCACGAUAGGUUUUCCAUUUUUUCUUUUUUUUUUUUGCUUUUUUAACUAUUUUGUGUUUUUUUUUUGGUUUUGGUAACUGCUCUGUUGGCCCGUUUUUAGAGCGGUUUAUUACUAUUAUUUUAUUUUUAGUGUGGUCACCACACUCUAAUUGCUUGUUUUGCUUGCUUAGAUUAAAAAAAAAAAUUCUCAAUAGUUCCUUUCUUUGAGGCUCGAACUACCAUGAAUAUUGCCCACAUGCACUUAACACUCACCUUGCACUGUCACUCUUGUUUUCAGUAGAAACGCCCGGUUUUAUAUGACGUUAUUUUCAGAUUUAUUCCAGAAAUAUACAUUUCGAAUAAUGCUUCACAAUAGUUAUUAUGAAUAUAAGAAAUAUAUGCUUCUAAAACUGGUUCACAGUGGGAUUUAUGACAUAUAAUAUUGUAUGUAUAUAAGAAAUACAUGUUGUGAAAAAUAUUUCACAGUAUUUAUUAUGAAAUUCAAAUGCUUUACGAACGAAGUAACUAUAACCAGUAGGGUGGAGCGAUUUUAUUAAUUUUUGAUUUUUGUUUCCGUAUACCUGUAGAAAGUUGCUAUUUUAGGUAAAUAUUAAACACAAGAAAAAUCAGUAAUCUCAUGUUUAGAGGUGCCCCCAUCGACUUGAAAUUUUGAAAAUAUAUGCCAAAUACCCAUAAAUUCGCAAACAUUUUAUAAACGUUAUUUGAUGUUCUAAGCGAUUCUAUGUAAGAGUAAAAUAGAAAUAAAUGAUCUUAAAACAUACAUAUGGGCCAUUCCAUCAAUUGGCGACAUGGUUUUGUACCCGUGGUUCUCCGAUUUUGACGAAACUUUAGAAUAUCAUAAUAUAGACUAAAAUAAGAAUAUCUGUAAACUUUUUAGUGGCCAAAGUUGCUCCAUUGUUUUUUGGCGCGCAAUUCAAAUUCAGAUCAAACAAAAAAAUGACUUUUUCUUUUAUUUUUUAACGACCUCAAAAUUGAGUGAAAAAAAUUUUGAAGUUAUCCAUUUUUAUGUAAAAAAAUCUCAGCUUUCUGAUAAAAAUAUUUUCGAAAUCCAAAAAAAAAUUUCAAAAUCCAAAAAAAAACUGUUUUUUCCAAAAAUCCUGCUUUUUGUGCUCUUCCCCCACUUUUUUUUCAAAAUUGACAUUUUUAUUCGAUUCCUCGUUAAAUUUUACAUAAGAAUCAGUGUUCAAAAGUAUGGGACUCUGAUCCCAUGAACAGAAAAAAGAAUUCAAAGUUGACGCUCAAAAUCCAAAAAACAACAUUAUUUUCCAAAAAAUCCGGUUUUUUGUGCUUUUCCACCAACUUUUUUUCAAAAUUGACUUUUCCAUUCGAUUCCUCGUUAAAUUCUACAUAAGAAUCAGUGUUCAAAAAUGUGGGACUCUGAUCCCAUCAACAGCAAAAAAAAUGCAAAGUUGUCGCUAUACCGCGCAGUGUGUUCGCUUAGAAGGUUGUGUGAAAGAGGUAAAUGUGUAAAUUGUAUUCUUAGACUUGGAUUAAGAAGAAAUCACUGUCUUCAUUCAUAAAAAUAUGCGCCGUACAGCGACAACUUUGCAUUUUUUUUGCUGUUGAUGGGAUCAGAGUCCCACAUUUUUGAACACUGAUUCUUAUGUAGAAUUUAACGAGGAAUCGAAUGGAAAAGUCAAUUUUGAAAAAAAGUUGGUGGAAAAGCACAAAAAACCGGAUUUUUUGGAAAAUAAUGUUGUUUUUUGGAUUUUGAGCGUCAACUUUGAAUUUUUUUUGCUGUUCAUGGGAUCAGAGUCCCAUACUUUUGAACACUGAUUCUUAUGUAAAAUUUAACGAGGAAUCGAAUAAAAAUGUCAAUUUUGAAAAAAAAGUGGGGGAAGAGCACAAAAAGCAGGAUUUUUGGAAAAAACAGUUUUUUUUUGGAUUUUGAAAUUUUUUUUUGGAUUUCGAAAAUAUUUUUAUCAGAAAGCUGAAAUUUUUUUACAUAAAAAUGGAUAACUUCAAAAUUUUUUUCACUCAAUUUUGAGGUCGUUAAAAAAUAAAAGAAAAAGUCAUUUUUUUGUUUGAUCUGAAUUUGAAUUGCGCGCCAAAAAACAAUGGAGCAACUUUGGCCACUAAAAAGUUUACAGAUAUUCUUAUUUUAGUCUAUAUUAUGAUAUUCUAAAGUUUCGUCAAAAUCGGAGAACCACGGGUACAAAACCAUGUCGCCAAUUGAUGGAAUGGCCCAUAUAUAUCACUCUCUAAUCUUAUUAUAUAACGUAGCUCGUUCCGCACUUUAAUUUCACAUUCCUUAUUCCACACUCCAAAACUUCCCACAUUCCAUAUGUUAUGCUAAUUUUUCCAGGCACUCACUUUACACAAUCCCAGGCUAACAAUAUCAAAAUAACGGUAGAUUUAUAUAAGCAACUGACUGCGAUCUGUUAAUUCUGUAUAGUCUUAAAUUUGAAGUAGAGUAAAGCGGCUUGAUUUUAAAAAGGUAAAAAAAACUUAUGUUGAUACUUAUAUUCUUUUUUUCGCCGUUUAUUUGUUUGUUACACCAAAUUUUACAGCUGGAAUCGGAAUAUUUACUGUAAGUAGUACUUUUCAUGUAUAUUUGAUGCUUGUAGCUUAGCUAUAACUGUAUUUAGUACCUAUUACUUGUCUUUAUUUUACAAAUAUGUAUGUCUCAUGCUAAAACAUGACAAACGACGAGAUGUUCUGUCUUUGGUUUGCUGGAGAAGUUACCUGUUUCUCAAUUACCUACGUAUAAUGAUCUGAUGAAAUAUUAUCUGUUCAUAAAACAUGAAUUGAAGCCCGAUAAAACAACAAAAGAGCUAACAGUUCUUUAAAUAUCUGAAAGAUUAGUGGGUGAAGUUCUAAAAAUAUGGCAAAAAUUUUCAUUGCCUACUGUAAGUGUACAAAGAAUUUUACAAUUGAUUCGUUCCUACCACGACAAAUACAGGAUCUUAAUGAAACCAUAACAAGGCCGUCAAACUAACAUAAAAUACCAAGAAAAGAUUAUAACAUUUAUAUCAGAGUCCCAUAGAUUAUCUGAUAUCAGCAGCUGCAAGAGUAGAGAUAUCAGAAAUUGUAGCUGUUUAAAAGGGUGUCGUGUUGCCAAGGAGGAAGUAAGUUUCUUACUUGAUCAAAAAUCAACCAGAAAAAUGACGAUAGGCGGUGUCGAUAUAGUUUCAACUGUGAAGAAUAAAAAAAAAAUAAGAUAGAAAAGAAAAAAGUUUAUCGCGUAACACAGAGGCAUACUAUUUUGUCAAACCGUGUUGUUCUAGUUCUUUAGCUUCUUCUAUCUUAAAGCUUAGUACGCAGCUCUCAAGAAACGUAAAAACUUCAUAUAAAAAAACGCGUAAGAAACGGUCCAGAAACGUUCCUGCGAUAAAUUUACUUGUGCUAGUGCGCAGCUCUCAAGAAAUCUAGUACUAAUUUUUGAUACUUUUUUUCAAUAAAAUGCGAAUAUGGCAAUCCUGGUUUUGCGAUGAAAUAUCAAAUCAACAAUUGUUUUUUGAAGGAAAGUGACAUUUGCGUACGAAUAAAGUGAAGUUUAUAAUUAUUUGUAUUGUUUGAAAUUUAAAAAAAUGGAUGCAAAUUUAAAAAAUUAUGGCUCAUUGAAACGCAAAAAUCGCAUGCUGAAUUUCACAACGUUAGAGAAGCGCCAACUUGUGAAUUGCGUUAAGGAGUGGCCCAGGAUCUGGGAUAUUAGCAACACAUUGCAUGCAGUAAAUCAAUCCUGGCUCCACAUAAGCAAUGCCCUUAGUAAAAGUGGUGAGUUAAUUUAUGUUUUGUAUUCAGUGUUUUGUUGUUUCUAAUAAAAUUUAUGUUUUAGUGGAUGAGCGCAAAUCAGCGUGGAUAAGUAUGCGCGAAAGCUAUCUCUACCAUGCUAGGGUAGCUCAUAAGAACAAAAGUGGCAGCGAUGGUGGGGAAGUUUUGGAAACUCCAUAUUUUUCAGAAAACGUUGAUUGGGAGUUUGCGGAGGAAAUGUCAUUUUUGAUGAAUGUAUCCCACAAACGGAAGACUUUCACAGCUCCAGUAUCUUUCGGAGAAGAUUCGCAUGCAUCACCAAUACAUAUCGGCGAGGGUUCUAAUGUGUCACAAACAAGUGCAACCGACUCACAGCACUCAUACGAUUAUAACCCAACACCCACGAAACGAAGACGGCGAUUAACCUCUCCCAGCAAAAAUCCAGCGUGGAGUCGGUUUGAUAACAUACUCAAGAAGCAAGAGGAUAUGUUGGAAAGUCGCUCAAAUACCACACGCAGCUCCCCUUACGCACAAGCUCUUUCUAGUUUUGAUUGGUUGUUAAAUCAACUGCCUCGAUCUGUUGGCGACGACAUGUGUCUUUCCAUAAAUCUAAUGGUACUGAAAAUGUUGAAGAGCAUAAAAAUAAAAACAGAAGCAACGAUGAAUAACAUUUUUUUGUAACCAUUUAUAUACAUAAUAAAAAUUUUGUACUAAAAAGAAAAUAACUAUUUAUAUUAAUAAUAAAAACUUUGUAAUGAAAUGAAAAGUAAAAGCCUAUAGUCUUGAUGUUUUUUAUUUAUAUAAGAAUAAUAAUGUAAUACAAAUUUAAGCAAAAGUUGCAUUGUUUUGCCAAGGAACAGAUCCAUUAGGAGAAUUAACAUAGUCUGUUAAUAUUUUCCGAAUAUAUUUGCCGUAAUCUGAAGUUCUCCCGCGGUAAUUGGUUACGAUGGAUUCAUUUCAAGUGUGUUCUUGUUGUAGCAACACUUCCCAUUCUCCUGCUUUCCAAUUUCCAGUGCAAUCUUCAAAGCCAGAAAACGCAUUAGAAGUAUAUGUUCGGCGACACUUAUUAGUAAGGAAAUUAUGCAAUAGGCACAUGCCGAAACAAUAACUUGCGCUCGUUCGGGCUUGCAAAAUAAAGUUUUUCUAAGGGAAAGCCAUCUUGCAGUUAAAAUGCCGAAAGCAUUUUCAAUGCACCGCCUAGCUCUACUUAUCCUGUAGUUAAAAAUCCUUUGCUCUACCGAGAGUUGUGUGGCGCUAUAAGGUUUAAUUAAGCGCUUACACAAAGAAAAGGCGUCGUCUCCCACAAUGAAUUGCGCCAAUUUUUUUUUUUGAUUAAUUACUCUGUCAGGAGGAAAUGGUGUCGUUCAGAAUUCUGGUCCCAAACUUAGAAUUUCUCAUAAUAUGAGAGUCGCCUUCGCUUCCAUAAGCACCUAUGUAUAUCCAAAUAAGUAAAUUUAUAGUUCGCAUUACAGGUAGCCAGCAACACAAUUGAAUG